UAAACAAAUCUUUAGUCGAGUCACUGGAUCGUCCCAUCAUGUUGUUGUAUGUAGUCUAUAGUUUUGUGUUGCUUUUUUGUUGGUUUAAUUGUGAUGUGAUAUGUCGUCCUACUGGAAGUCAAGAAAGCCUGAACAAUCGACCAAUUAUAGGUGUUCUUGCUCAAGAGAGCCCCGAUGAAGUCGCUCAGUUUGGCAAAACCUUCAUCCCAGCUUCUUAUAUAAAGUAUCUCGAGUCUGCAGGAGCUAGAGUGGUUCCGAUAAGAAAUGAUCUUACAGAUCAGCAAAUACAGGACCUGUUUUCUUCUAUAAAUGGAGUCCUUUUUCCUGGAGGUGAUGUUGAUUUGUGGACAUCAGGAUAUGCAAAGACAGCCAGGGUGAUAUUUGAUUUAGCUGUCAAGGCUAAUGAUGCCGGUGAUGUUUUUCCAUUGUGGGGCACGUGUCUUGGUUUUCAAAUGCUGCAUGUUCUUGCUGCAAAUGGAAAAGACAUCUUAACAAGCUGUAAAGGAGAGAAUGUUAGUUUACCACUCAAUUUCACUGAAGGGUAUGAAGACAGUAGGAUGUUUGGCAAGGCUCCCCAGGAUAUUAAAACAUAUCUUGCCAAGCUUCCUGUCACACUGAACAUGCAUCAAAACUGUGUAUCUGUACAGACAUACAAGCAACAGACCUCACUCAAUACCUUUAUAAAAGUCCUAUCGACCAACAUGGAUAUUGACAAUAAAGUCAACUUUCUUUCAACUGUAGAAGCGGUCAAGUAUCCCUUCUAUGGUACCCAGUGGCAUCCAGAAAAAAACCAAUUUGAAUGGACAAAAGAGGAAAACAUCAACCAUUCUAGUGAAGGAGUACUCGUUACACAGUACGUCGCCGACUUCUUUGUUGACCAGGCUCGUCUCAGCAAACAUCACUUUAAAAGCAGAAAAGAAGAAACUUCAUCAUUGAUUUACAAUUACAAUCCACACUUGUGUAUUCCAGAUGUCUCGCACUACGAACAAUGUUAUUUCUUUUGAAUCUUUUGUCGUCUAUUCCAAACAAAUGAUGUCCACCGGCUCACGUCAAAUAUAAACCAAUAACACCAAAUACAACAUAGAUUAUUUUCAUGACUUUCUAAGAAAAACUAGGACGUAGAGUGGUCAUUUUGACAACUCCGCAUGGACAUUUUCAUGACUAUGUUUUUUCUAUUUUAACUUCAUAUUCUUAUGUGCGUUACACAAAUACGACCAUCGCUUUCAAAGAGUUUAAUUCCUUCGCAGGCGCCUGUGAACGAGGUUGCAGAGAGCGUUGCUGAACACAUGUGAACAUAUCAACUUCGAGAACAGCUUUCAAAAACAGCGGGAUGAACUCGGUUUUCGAUGGUUUCUGUGUGAAUUAUAGGCCUCAGUGCAUGAAUAGCCAGAUGUAUCUACAUACACAGGCCUAGGUCAAACAUCCAAGUUAAUUUUUACUAACUAAACUAAAAAAUUCAAUUUCUGUUGUUUUACGUCAGACAAAUCAUCGUUUGAACUAUACUGAAAAUAUAUUUGAACGAAGUCGACGAAUUGAGUUGGCCUUAGAA